CUGCCCCGCUUCCUAAUUGCGAGGUUGGAGUGCAGGCGGCUGGAGUGGGAGUGUACUGGUCACCAUGCAUAGCCUCCUCAGGUGCAGCAGGCUGGUCCUGGCCCUCUCCCUCAUCCUCGUGCUGGCAUCUUCAGUUCAAGGUCAUCCUAUGCGGAAAGCCAGACACCAGUGGGUACGCUGCAACCCAGACAGUAAUUCUGCCAACUGCAUUAAUGAGAGGGGACCAGUGUUCGACCUAUCUCCAGGCGAAUCCAACAGAAUUCUCCCUCCAAGGAAUGACCCUUUUUCAACGAGGUUCCAGAACUUGCAAGAUGUCUUCCCUCUUUCUGAGGACUUCUCUGGAUCAGGCUCCGGCUCCGGCUCCGGCUCUGGCUUAAGCUCGGAAAGCAUCUUCCCUAACGAAAUCAACCAAGAAUACCAGCCAGUAGACGGAAACAAUGCUUUCUAUCACAACUUCAGGCCUCGUGGGAGGGAUCUGCCCUCAGACAAGCAGGACUCAGCUCAAGAUGGAUCGGAAGAAGAUUUUAGCAUAUAAAGAGAGGGUUUCACCACCUUGACACCAGGCGAUGUGUUCAGUAUCUUUUGUGUGCCAUGGUUAAAUGAUUAAUUUUGGGAACAAAAAGUUUUAUAGAAAUCUUUAAACAUUUGACAAAGAAGCUUAAAUUUAUAUCUCUUUUCUGUUUCUUAUAAAGUUUUCAAAAGACAUAUGCUUACGCUUUAACACUGUUAUCUGUCCUAUUGUUCUGGAAAAUACUUGCAUUUCCUUUCUACCAUAUUCAGCCAACCUUACUACGAAAUUAACAAGGCUCCCAUGUCUAUAAAAUUGCUUGAAAGAAUAAGUUAUACUUAAAAAAAAAAUUCAGUUUGAGAAGCAAAUUGACAGGCCAUGCCUUUUUGUCUCCAGGAAGCCAACUGAUUGUGAAGGAAGGUUAUGCCUCUUUUUUUAUGGCGGAAAAAAAAAUCAAGAUGCAACACACAGUGAAUUUUUAGAGUGGGUGUUUGUGUUUUACAGUGUGAAGUGUGUUACCAUAAUACCCCGACUGGCUAUGUUUGCAGAGUAGAAGGCAUUGUUUAUCUAGAAGUAGGAUUGCCGUUAGAGUUGGAAAUUUAAGACCCAAGUUAAAGCACGGCUGUGCUCUCUGUACCUCAUAUUCUUUACUUUUUUUUUUUUCUGGGUAUCUUUGUAUUUUCAAAUGUUACUCUAUUAAAGCAGAAGUAUAACCAAAGACUUAAGCUGUCUGAUACCUCUGUUCUAAACUCGGAAUAAUCGUUUUGGUUCAGGUGUUUCUAGAAGUCUUAUCGACAAAAUAUCUUCAAAAUUACUUUACAAUCAGUACAAAAAUUUUUUUUAACUAGAGUCAAAUCAUAUUAACUAGCAUGUGAUAAAAGCAAUCAUGCCUUAGCAACGAGGUUGUACUUAUGAAAGGACUUCCUCUACCUAAGGAUAUUCAUUCUCUGUUCCCUUUUAGUUCUCAAAUCCUGUCAGCAUCACGGUCGUGCAUUCUGUUCUGGCCCGUCCAGAUCCAUCCUUUAGAACCAAGGACAUACUCAAAUUAGUCUCUGCUGAAGAGACCCACAUCAUCCAAAUUCACGCCCCUUCCCAGGGAAGCCUGAAUCCAAUGACUGGUUGAUGUGGGUGUAUGAACACCUGGCCCCUCAGUGAACUUGGGCAACUCAGGAAGACCACCACAGUUUCAGAGCCCCCUGAGCGCUCAUCUGAGGCUUUGUUGGGGCUAUUUUUCAGCUCAGUUUCUUCCUUUACUCAUUCUUUCUUCUUCCCAUUGUCCUCCCAGGUAUUUAUCCCAAGAGUACUCCCUUAAAAACUUUCUGCACACUAGUCUCUAUCUCAGAGUUUGCUUCAUGGAGAAUCCAACCUGUGACAGUUGGUGCCAGGAGAGGUAGAAAGCUGAUACCAAGGUGGAAUUUUGGAGCUCCAUCACCUGCUGCCUGAGUGGCAAUGAGGACCUCAUCCUUGGCUGUAGAUAGUUGUAGAUGCAGGCCCAAGAUGCAUUGCAAUUGUUCACCUUUUCACUGAUGAUGAACUGAGAUGGUAUACCAAUGGAAGGAAGUGCACUGGGGGGCAAUAUACCAGGCAUUUGAGAAAUAUGGGGCAAUGGUAAUUCUAAAGACAAUGGAAUUGGAUGGCUGUUACUGGAGGUAAUUAAUGCUUUUGGAAGAGACAAGGAAAGGCAGAAUACUAAAAAACUCCCCUCCUGUUGCAGAAGGGCAGAGAAAGCUCUGGACCAGGACUAAUCACAAUAGCAGAGUUCCAAGAAUGUUAAAUUUUCAACCUAGGCAAGUCAACUAUGCGACGUCAAGGUGCCAGUCAGGAAACAAAGGAACUCUAAGAUACAGUGACAACUAGAUUGAUCCAUUCAAAUCUUGAAACCCCAGACUCUCCUGAACCUUGGAGUCUAUAGAAGAGACCCACUCCUCCUUAAGAACUAAUGCUUUCCUCUUUCUUGAAGAUGAUUAAGAGACCUGUGUCCUUCAAAAUAACAUGUACCUUUGCCUCAAGAUCUGUCCCCAUCUCCCCUCCUGGCCACUAGGCAAUAACUGAAGAUAAGUUGCAAUAUAAACCAACAGAGGACGUGCUGGGCCUACUAAGUAGGAAGGGUAAUACAUCCUGAAGAUUUUGCAGAGCCCAGCUAACGUGUACCUCAGAAGCUGAGAGAGUGUCUAUGAGAUUUGAUUCCAAGAGUAUGGAAUCAAGGACAGAGGUGGAACAUAAAGUUGCACAAGGGAAUGUCUUAGGUUGCUAGUGGUGCCAUAACACAGAUACCACAAGCGGGUUGCUUUAAAGGGCAGAAAGUAAUUUCCUCACAGUUCAGGAGGCUGCAAGUCCAAAUUUAGGGGGAGGUCCUUCCUUGUCUCUUUCAGCUUCUAGUAGCUGCCAGCAAUCUUGGUGUUCUUGGGCUUGUAAAUACAUCUGUCUGGGUUGUCUACCUUCCUUUUCCCCCUGUGUGUGUUCCCCUGUGAUGCCAGCUGCAGUAGCAGAAGCUGCAGUUAAUUCCACUGACCUUUCUAAGUUUUCCUCAGGAACUUAGCCCUCCGGGGUCCUGAAGGGGCAAUUCCCAGAAUUUAUAUGAAGCAAAUGGAUCUUAGUGGCACAAGGAGUGGGCAGUUUGGGGUGCUGUGCUGUGUCACUCAGAUUUCCCAUUCAGUACUGGAGGACUUAAUCUCCCAGCCGCUGGGAAGAUGGCUGACAGCUGCAGGCUCUUAGAUGAAGAGUGCCACCUAAUCCAAGGCCAUGAUCCCUUCUCUGGACAGCUCACAGCUGAAGACUUACCUGUGCACAGGUAUAAAGGCUUGAACCUCAUGCCCUCUUGGAACUACUUUGAAGGACCAUUCCAGUGUCAGAACUACCUGUGGUGUCAUCCAAGGCCUUGUUGUGAUUACAGUGCAGUUUUAUUUAUUCCUCUGUCUAAUCCUGCUUCCUUCUGGUCCUGCACAAGUGUUGCUUUAAAGAAUACUCCCUAAUAAACUCUCCAUGCUAUUCUUCAUCUCAGAGUCUGCUUCCCAUGGAACCCAACUUACAGCAAUCAUCUUUAUAGCAUUUUACUUUUGGUGACAGUUGCUAAAUUAUACCCAGAUCCCUUUGUUAAUGAAUCUAUUUAUGAUUAUUUAACAUAUUUAUCAUGAAUUCAGUGAGUUUUUAUGCCCAGUAGGGUGUUACUGUAACAAGACCAAUUUUUUGGCUCCUGUAACUAUUAUAAUAUAGCAGAGAAAAUAAGGCAUGCUGCUUUUUCUUCUGUAGUUAAGUGCUGGUUUAACACAUUUGAAGAGGGGAUAGGUAGUUUAGGUUGGCUUUAUCAAAAAAAUGACACUCUUGGGAAGCGGGGCCAAGAUGGCAGAAUAGCCAGACGCUUCCUGCGAUCCCUCUUACAACAAAGACCCAAAAAACAAGUGAAACGAUUAUAUUUAUGACAAGCUAGAAGCCCUGAACAUCAAAGGCAAAGUUAAAAAACGGACUGAGUGGCAGGUGGAGGGAGAAACGGUUCAGAAGCUGAGGGGAGUUGCCGGACCUGAAUUGCUGGGAUCCCUCAGGCACCAUUCCCAGGAGCGGCUGCGGCAGGCUGGUGGUAGUGUUCGGCUGCAGUUUCCUCAGGGAGAAGCAGCCAGGCGCACAGCCUACUCACACCUCUGGAACCAGAGAAGAACUGUGCUCUCGGCAAAAGCUAAGUAUUUGCAUAUAUUUUACCGCACCCCCAGCCCCCAGGCCGGCUUCAGUGGCUGUUGAUUUCCCUGUUAAUAGGCCCUAUUAACCACCCUGAGCCAUCCUCCUGGCUUUAGAGUAAGAAUAAAUUCACAAUUGGGGGAAAAGAUAAUUUGCCAGCUCCACUAAGUUGGGGAGCUGAGAACAGAAGUGGCUCCUGUCCAGGCAUAAACGGUCUGUGGACUUUGAACACUUUCCCCCCUGUGUGGUCCUGUGUGGGCCUAUUUCAGGAGAAUAGGCCCUUGUUGGCAGGCUCCAACUGUUUCAGCUGUGCAGUGAAGAGGUGGGUGUUUGAUAUUUGACACUGCCUUUCCUAUUUUUUUUUUUCCUAUUAAACAGGGUCCUCACCUACCCACAUCAGGGGGCAUAAGAACUGGUGGCUCUGCUCAGGUCACCCAGCCACCUGCAACAGGGGCCCAAGGAUAACUGGUACCUCCCAGUCCUUACAACCAAAAGCAUUGGGCGCCCACGGUCCGUCUGCAGGAUCCACCCACCUGUAUGCUCUAGGAAACAAGGACACGAUUUCCUCACAGACACUCAGAGGACGGUUCUCAGCCCCCUGCCUUGUUCAUAGUGUGACCCCCUGCUGCAACCAGAUACUGGUACCUACACCAAUCACCCCUGCACCUCCAAGACUGUAGGACAGAGCCUGUACCACACACCUGAGCUGAAUUCUUACAAGAAAAGUGAAUGGAAUCCUAGACUGAUAUACCUGAUAAUAGCUCUAGCCAUCCGGUGACAGGACGUCAGAGCUUUAAAGGCAAAAAUAAUCAGGCUAGCUCACUCAAGCAAUCCAUAUGGGCAUACCAAAACAAAACAAAGCAAUAAGCCAGGAUAUAGUAAGCAAACAUAAAAUAAACUAAUACAGUAACUUAUAGAUGGCUCGGAGACAACAGUCAAUAUCAAGUCACAUAAAGAAACAGACCAUGAUUGCCUCAAUAAGCUCUCAAAACAAAGAAUCAACGGAUCUUCUGGAUGAAGGUGUCUUCCUAGAAUUACCAGACCCAGAAUUCAAAAGAUUUAUAUACAGAACUCUUCAAGACAACAGGAACGAGACUAGGAAGGUGAUCAGGCAGUACACAAAAUAAGCCAAGGAACACACAGAUAAACUAGUUGAAGAAAUUAAGAAGAUUAUUCAAGAACAUAAUGAAAAAUUUAACAAGCUGCAAGAAUCCAUAGAGAGACAGCAAUCAGGAAUUCAGAAGAUUAACAAUAAAAUUGCAGAAUUAGACAACUUAAUAGAAAGUCAGAGGAGCAGAAUUGAGCAAGUGGAAGGCAGAAUUGGUGAGCUUGAAGAUAAAAGACUUGGCACCAAUAUAUUUGAAGAAAAAUCAGAUAAAAGAAUUAAAAAAAAUGAAGAAAACUUAAGAAUCAUGUGGGACCCUAUCAAGAGAAAUAACCUACGAGUGAUUGGAGUACCAGAACAGGGAGGGACAAUAGAAAAUACAGAGAGAAUUGUUGAGCAUUUGUUGGCAGAAAACUUCCCUGAUACCGUGAAAGAUGAGAAGAUAUCUAUCCAAGAUGCUCAUUGAACUCCACAUAAGGUAGAUUUUAAAAGAAAGUCACCAAAACAUAUUAUAAUCAAACUUGCCAAAACCAAAUAUAAAGAGAGAAUUUUAAGAGUAGCUAGGGAUAACGGAAAAGUCACCUACAAAGGAGAGUCAAUAAGAAUUAGCUCGGACUACUUGGCAGAAACCAUGCAGGCAAGAAGGCAAUGGGAUGACUUAUAUAAAGCAUUGACGGAAAAAAAUUGCCAGCCAAGAAUCAUAGCCACCAAAAUUGUCUCUCAAAUAUGAAAGUGAAAUUAGGACAUUUCCAGAUAAACAGAAGUUUAGGGAAUUUGUAAAAACCAAACCAAAACCAUAAGAAAUUCUAAAGGGAGUUCUUUGGUUAGAAGAUCAAUAAUAUCAGGUAUCAACCCAAGACUGGAACACUGGACAGAGCAAUCAGAGAUCAAUCCAGACAGGGAAAUCACAAAAACAAAUCAAGAUUAAAAAACGCUCAAAACGGAGAAACAGUGAUGUUAUUAUGUAAAAGAAGACAACAUUAAAACAGUAAAGAGGGAUUAAGAAAUGUAGUCAUAGAUCUUUCAUAUGGAGAGGAAGGCAAGACGAUAUAAAGAAAUACAAGUUAGGAUUAAACUUAGAAAAAUAGGGGUAAAUAUUCAGGUAACCACAAAGGCGACUAACUAUCCUACUCAUCAAAAUAAAACACAAGAAAAAAAUAGAGACUCAGCAGAAACAAAAUCAACAACAACAAAUAAGAGGAAAAGACAAUAUAUAAAGUACUCAGCACAAAAAAAUAAGUGGGAAAAAGAAACUGUCAACAACCCACAAAAAAAAGACAUCAAAAUGACAGCACUAAACUCAUACCUAUCUAUAAUUAUGCUGAAUAUAAAUGGACUAAAUGCAGCAAUAAAGAAACAGACAGUGGCAGAAUGGAUAAAAAAACAUAAUCUGUCUAUAUGCUGCCUACAAGAGAAACACCUUAGAGAUGCAAACAAACUAAAACUCAAAGGAUGGAAAAAAUAUAUCAAGCAAACAACAAUCAAAACAGAGCAUGAGUGGCAGUAUUAAUUUCCAACAAAAUAGACUUUAAAGUUAAAUCCACCACACAGGAUAAGGAAGGACACUAUAUAAUGAUUAAAGGGACAACAUACCAGGAGGAUACAACCAUAUUAAAUAUUUAUGCACCCAAUGACAGGGCUUCAAGAUACCUAAAACAAACUCUAACAGCAUUGAAAAGUCAGAUAGACAGCUCCACAAUUAUAGUAGGAGACUUCAACAUGCCACUUUCGGUGAAGGACAGGACAUCCAGAAAGAAGCUCAAUAAAGACAAGGAAGAUCUAAAUGCCACUGUCAACCAAGUUGACCUCAUAGACAUAUACAGAACACUCCACCGAACAGCAGCCAAGUAUACUUUCUUUUCCAAUGCACAUGGAACAUUCUCUAGAGCAGACCACAUACUAGGUCAUAAAGCAAGCCUUAGCAGAAUCCAAAACAUCGAAAUAUUACAAAGCAUCUUAUCUGAUCAUAAGGCCAUAAAAGUACAAAUCAAGAAGAGAAAACGUAAGGAAAAGAAAUCAAACACUUGGAAACUGAACAAUACUCUGCUCAAAAAUGACUGGGUUACAGAAGAAAUAAAGGUUAGAAUAAAGAAAUUCACAGAAUCCAAUGAGAAUGAAAACACUUCCUAUCAGAACCUUUGGGACACAGCGAAAGCAGUGCUCAGAGGUCAAUUUAUACCAAUAAAUGCACACAUACAAAAAGAAGAAAGGGCCAAAAUCAAAGAAUUAUCCCUACAACUUGAACAAAUAGAAAGAGAGCAACAAAAGAAACCCCCAGGCACCAGAAGAAAGCAAUAGUAAAAAUUAGAGCAGAACUAAAUGAAAUAGAAAAACAAUUAAAAGAGUUAACAAGACCAAAAGCUGGUUCUUAGAAAAAAUUAACAAAAUUGAUAAACCACUGGCCAAACUGACAAAAGAAACACAGGAGAGGAAGCAAAUAACCCGAAUAAGAAAUGAGAUGGGCAAUAUUACAAAAGACCCAACUGAAAUUAAAAGAAUCAAUCAUGUUAGAGUACAAGAAAAAUUGUACUCUAACAAAUCUGAAACCUAAAAGAAAUGGAUGAAUUCCUUGAAAUGCACUACCUACCUAAACUAACACAAAGAGAGGUAGAACAACUAAAUAGACCCAUAACAAAAGAAGAGAUUGAAAAGGUAAUCAAAAAAUUCCCAACAACAAAAAAAAGCCCUAGCCCAGAUGGCUUAACUGCACAGUUUUAAACUUGAGAAGAGUUAACAUCACUGCUACUAAAGGUAUUCCAGAGCAUAGAAAAGGAUGGAAUACUCCCAAACUCAUUCUCUGAAGCCAGCACACCCUGAUACCAAAACCAGGUAAAAAAACAACAAAAAAGGAAAAUUACAGACCUAUAUCCCUCAUUUUUUUUUUUAUCCCUCAUGAACUUAGAUGCAAAAAUCCUCAACAAAAUUCUAGCCAAUAGAAUUCAACAACACAUUAAAAAAAUAAUUCACCGUGACCAAGUGGGAUUCAUACCAGGUAUGCGGGGAUGGUUCAACAUCAGAAAAACAAUUAAUGUAAUCCAUCAUUUUUUUUUUAUCAUAUAAAUAAAAUAAAAGUCAAGAACCACAUGAUUUUAUCAAUUGAUGCAGAAAAGGCAUUUGACAAAGUUCAAUACCCAUUCAUGAUAAAAACUCUCAGCAAAAUAGGAAUAGAAGGAAAACUCCUCAACAUAAUAAAGGGCAUUUAUACAAAGGCAACAGCCAACAUCAACCUAAGUGGAGAGAGCCUGAAAGCAUCCCCCUUGAGACUGGGAACCAGACAAGAAUGCCCUUUAUCACCACUCUCAUUCAACAUUGUGCUGGAGGUCCUAGCCAGAGCAAUUAGGCUAGAUAAAGAAAUAAAGGGCAUCCAGGUUGACAAGGAAGAAGUAAUAGUAUCUCUAUUUGCAAAUGACAUGAUCUUAUACACAGAAAACCCUAAGGAAUCCUCGAGAAAACUACUGAAACUAAUAGAAGAGUUCAUCAGAGUGUCAGCAUAUAAGAUAAACAUACAAAAAUCAGUUGGAUUCCUCUACAUCAACAAAAAGAACAUUGAGGAGGAAAUCACCAAAUUAAUACCAUUUACAGUAGCCCCCAAGAAGAUAAAAUACUUAGGAAUAAAUCUCACCAGAGAUGUAAAAGACCUAUACAAAGAAAACUACAAGACAGUACUGCAAGAAACCAAAAGAGACCUACAUAAGUGGAAAAACAUAUCUUGCUCAUGGAUAAGACGACUUAACAUUGUAAAAAAGUCUACUCUACCAAAAAUGAUAUACAGAUACAAUGCAAUUCCGAUUCAAAUUUCAACAUUUUUUAAUGAGAUUGAGAAACACAUCACCAACUUCAUAUGGAAGGGAAAGAGACCCCCGAUAAGUAAAGCAUUACUGAAAAAGAAGAACAAAGUGGGAGGCCUCACUCUACCUGAUUUUAGAACCUACCUUUUUUUUUUUUUUAAUCCUGCUACAGUAGUCAAAACAGCCUGGUACUGGUACAACAACAGACACAUAGACCGAUGGAACAGAAGUGAGAAUCCAGACACAAAUCCAUCCACAUAUGUGCAGCUGAUAUUUGACAAAGGCCCAAAGUCAGUUAAAUGGGGAAAAGACAGUCUCUUUAACAAAUGGUGCUGGCAUAACUGGAUAUCCACCUGCAAAAAAAUGAAACAAGACCCAUACCUCACUCCAUGCACAAAAACUAACUCAAAAUGGAUCAAAGACCUAAAUAUAAAACCUAAAUCGAUAAAGAUCAUGGAAGAAAAAAUAGGGACAAUACUAGGAGCCCUAAUACAUGGCAUAAAUAGUAUAUAAAACAUUACUAACAAUGCAGACAACUAACAAACCAGAUAACUGCAAGCUCCUAAAAAUCAAACACCUAUGCUCAUCCAAAGACCUCACCAAAAGAGUAAAAAGAUUACCUACAGACUGGGAAAAAAUUUUUGCCUAUGACAUUUCCAAUCAGCGUUUGAUCUCUAAAAUCUACAUGAUACUGCAAAAACUCAACUGCAAAAAGAUAAAUAACCUAAUUAAAAAAUGGGCAAAAGAUAUGAACAGGCACUUCACUGAAGACAUUCAGGUAGCUAACAGACACAUGAGGAAAUGCUCACGGUCUCACGGUCAUUAGCCAUUAGAGAAAUGCAAAUCAAAACUACAGUGAGAAUCCAUCUCACUCCAACAAGGCUAGCAUUAAUCCAAAAAACACAAAAUAAUACAUGUUGGAGAGGUUGUGGAGUUAUACACUGCUAUUGGGAAUGUAAAAUGGUACAACCACUUUGGAAAUCGAUUUGGUGCUUCCUUAAAAAACUAGAAAUAGAAUUACCAUAUGAUCCAGCAAUCCCACUCCUUGGAAUAUAUCCUAGAGAAUUCAGAGCCUUUACACGAACAGAUAUAUGCACACCUAUGUUCACUGCAACACUGUUUACAAUAGGAAAAAGAUGGAAGCAAUCAAGAUGCCCAUCAACAGGUGAAUGGAUAAAUUAUGGUAUAUUCACACAAUGGAAUAUUAUGCAUCAAUAAAGAACAAUGAUGAAUCUGAAAUAUUUCAUAAUGUGGAGGACUCUGGAAGGCAUUAUGCUGAGUGAAAUUAGUUCCAAAGGACAAAUAUUGUAUAAGAGCACUAUUAUAAUAACUGGAGAAAUAGUUUAAACUGAGAAGAAAACAUUCUUUCAUGGUUACGAGAAGGGGUAGGGAGGAGGGGUGGGAGAGGGGCAUUCACUGAUAGUAGAUAAGAACUACUUUAGGUGAAGGGAAAGACAGCACACAAUACAGGGGAGGUCAGCACAACUGGACCAAACCAAAAGCAAAGAAGUUUCCUGAAUAAACUGAAUGCUUUGAAGGCCAGCAUAGCAGGGGUGGGGGUUUGGGGACCAUGGAUUCAGGGGACAUCUAAGUCAGCUGGCAUAAUAAAAUCUAUUAACAUUCUGCCUUCCACUUUGGAGAGUAGCUUCUGGGAUCCUAAAUGCUAGCAAGUGGCCAUCUAAGAUGCAUCAACUGGUCUCAACCCACCUGGAGUUAAGGAGAAUGAAGAACACCAAAGAUGCAAGGUAAAUACGAGCCCAGGAGACAUAAAGGACCACAUAAACCACAGACUGCCUCGGCCUGAGACCAGAAGAGCUAGAUGGUGCCCGGCUACCACAACUGAUGACUGCCCUGACAGGGAGUGCAACGGAGAGCCCCUGAGGGAGCAGGAGAGCAGUGGGAUGCAGACCUCAAGUUCUCAUAAAGAGACCAAACUUAAUGAUCUGACUCAGACUAGAAGGACCCCAGAGGUCAUGCUCCCCAGACCUUCUGUUACCCCAAGACAGGAACCAUUCCCAAAGCCAACUCUUCAGACAGGGAUUGGACUGGACUAUGGGAUAGAAAAUGAUACUGGUGAAGAGUGAGCUUCUUGGAUCAAGUAGACACAUGAGACUAUGUGGGCAUCUUCUGUCUGGAGGGGAGAUGAGAGGGCAGAGGGGCUCAGAAGCUGGCCGAAUGGACACGAAAAUAGAGAGUGGAGGGAAGGAGUGUGCAGUUCAUGGUGGGGGAGAGCAAUUAGGGGUAUAUAGCAAGGUGUAUAGAAAUUUUUGCAGGACAGACCGACUUGAUUUGUAAGCUUUUACUUAAAGUACAAAAAAAAUUAAAAGAAAAUGACACUUAUGGAGAAAAGUCUUAAGUUUGUCACAAAAGAAAUGCAGAAGAUUUCUAUUUUUGGAGAGGUAAUUAGACUGGUGGAAAGAAUAUGAGCUUUAGAAUGGCAAAGUCUUGGCUUAAAUAUCAGUUUCACUCUUUGUUAGCUGUAUAACUUUAGGUUACCUAACUUAGCUAAGAUUUUCUAAGAAAAGCAGUACAGUGACGGGGUUAAUUGCAUGGACUCCAGAACCAGGUUACCAGGGGUACAAAAUUCUGUCACUUACCAGCUAGGUAACCUGAGUUACCUCAGUUUCUUCCUCUUUAAAAUGAGGGUAAUCUCAUUUUAAGGUACCUUUACCUUAUAGGUUUGUUGAGAUAAUUAAUUAAGUUAAUAUAUGAAGUGCUUGCAACAAUAUUAUUGAGUGAGUGACCAAUAAACAUGGGCUAUCAUUAUCUGUACUAAAGGGUAACAAUACUCACAGAGUCAUGGUGAGGAUUAUAUGAGGCAAUGUAUGGGAUAUGAUUAGCUUAGUGUCCAGCACAUAGCAAGCUCCAAAAAUUAUCAUUAUGAAAAUAUUUUUCAUAGCUACGUCAUAAGAUUCUUUUAAGGAUUCCAUCUAUAUGCCAAGCACUGCUACAUGCUGGGGAUACAGAGGAAACAAAGACACACCAGAUGACCUUUGUCCUCAAGUUUAGAGUCUCUCAGGGAUUAAAUGAAAUCUGUAAGUCUUUCCCAGCACAAAUGAAAGUAGAUACACGGAAGUAAACAUUACCUGACACAUAGGGGAAAUAGCACGUUGCUCAUGUAGGUUCUUUGUAAUUACUCUUUUGGGGUUCAGUUUGUUAAUCAACCAACUAUCACCAUGAUUAUAGGUUUUUUUUUUUUUUUUGUGGUGGGGUGCUUCUUCCAAUUUGUACUUUUGAAUAACUCUCUAAAUUCAUGACGAUUUUUAAAAAUCUGAUAUUAUUCAAUUAAAAAAAAAAAAGGACCAAGGCACCAGGAAUAAACAGUUAAGACU